UAUUUUCAGUGUAUGACGGGUUCAUCAUGUGACCGCCCAUCUCAGUCAUAUGACCGCGGUGUUUAGGAUUUCGUUGAGGAGAAGUAUCACAACUUUCUUUGAGCCGAGAGAAUACGGAACAGAGUUGCCAGCAUGGUUGCAACGGCUGGUUUGAUGGGGCUACAAAGCCGACUCGCAGUGCUUUUCUCGGUUGUGCUCUCUCGGUGUCUAUGCACCUCUUUUGUCAAGAUUGAACCCCUGGUUUAUGAUGAGCAGUUGCUGUGGGUGAGUGGCGGGGCAGGGGAGGUGGGCACCUACCGGAUCCCACUGCUCUCCUUUACCCCCAAGGGCAGUCUGCUGGCCUUCGCUGAGGCCCGGAAGAACUCUGCCAAUGAUGUGGGGGCCAAGUUCCUUGCCAUGCGACGCUCCACAGACAGAGGUGCCACGUGGUCUCCCACCUCCUUCAUAUUGGAUGAUGGCUACUUGGUUGACGGGCUGAACCUGGGUUCUGUGGUGGUGGAUGAGGAGACUGGCUCUGUGCUGCUGAUCUACUCGAUGUGCUUCCACCAGUACCAGUGUGACCCUGCCAGUAUUAUGUUGGUGGAGAGCAUGGAUGACGGUCUCAGCUGGAGCCCACCAAGGAACCUCUCGAUCCAGCUAGGGGUUAAGAACUUCGCCCCCGGGCCUGGCUUUGGCAUUCAGAAGCACUACCCUCCUGCCAAGGGGCGUCUGGUGGUGUGUGGACAUGGCACCCUGGAGGGUGACGGGGUCUUCUGCAUUCUGAGUGACGAUCACGGGCGAAACUGGAAGAAUGGCGCCGCACUGAAGAGCAUCCCCUACAACCAGCCCAAACAAGCCCUGGACUUCAACCCAGACGAGUGCCAGCCUGUAGAGAUGGAGGACGGUAGCAUCGUCAUCAACGUGCGCAACCAGAACAACUACCACUGCCGCUGCCGCAUGGUGGUGCGCAGCCUGGACGGGGGCGAGACUCUACCUGUGGAGCACCUGGUGUUUGACCCCAUCCUGAUAGACCCAACGGUAGCAGCAGGGGCGCUGCAGAAGGAGGGCGUGAUGUACUUCACCAACCCAGCUGACAGUACCCACAGGAUCAAUCUAACCCUGCGCUGGUCUCUGACCAAUGGCACAUCGUGGGAGAAGAACACUGUCCAGAUCUGGGCCGGCCCAAGCGGGUACUCCUGCAUGACUUCACUUACGAGCGGCAGCGCAGAGGACAGGAAGUUCAUCUUUGUCAUCUACGAGAAAGGCCACAAAGACUACGAUGAGACCAUCUCCUUCGCCAAGAUCCACCUCUACGGUGGAUGGUAGUAGAAUAAGGCUGGGGUGGGGGACUAGGUAGAGUCUGCCUCUAACCACUGGUCCAAGGUCUGUGUUCUUAAAGUGUCUUGGUGUGCUGAACUAGCAUCAGUUUAGCCUUUUUUAGAUCAUAAUGAAUUAGAUUAUAUAUAUAUAUAUAUACAUA